CGGCUAUUGGAUUACUUCAAUCUGCUACAUGAUACUUGCUAUUUUAUAAUAGCAGAGGUGUAUCUCUCUUCUCUUAUUAUAUCUCUCUGUCACAGCUUAAACAACGAAAGAACAAUCAAGUUCGAACAAUAAAUUAUUAUUGGAGUUGUACACAAUGAAAGGACUUUCCAGCGCCCUUUUUAAUGAUAAAGAGCGACCGGUUAUCACGAUGAAAAACUGUUAUAAAACACAUAAUAAAGUUACAAAUGAAGACGGGCCACGAAAACAAUGCAUUACCAAUAAGCAAAAAUUAUUAGAUGAAGCAACUACAAUCGAUCUCAAUCGCACAACCGUAGUGAAUAUAAGCUGCAUCGAUGCAGAUGAUAACAAAGCAAACUCCACCAACGAAGAAAAAUCGAGGAGAGAGGGUGAAGAGGAACUGGUUGAUGACUUGAAAAUUGAAGAUUAUAUCGUGAAAGCAAUAUCAACGAUAGGCGGAUGUUCGAUAAGCGGAGAGAUGCAAUAUGGUACAGAAUAUAGGGCAACCAUUAAAGACCAUCAUAAUGUGGUCUCUGGAUCAGAACAAGAGAGAAGAAUCGCUGACGCUGACACUGUAAACGACAAUCAAAUUCUACCUCCUGCAGACACAAAUGAUAUAACGCCUCAUGCGGUUCUGAAUCAAUCUACUUCUCUUAGCAUUACCAAUAGCGACGACACUCUUUCCAAUAUUCGGCAAAUUCGUCAUCCUUCUAGUGUAGAAUCGCGCCAACCGAAAAAGUCCUCAUCUUGGCCUUCAUCGUUACGGAAGUUACUAUUGCCAACAGAGGGAGCAAACAAAACAUCAUCGAAACGGCUUUUGAGCUCGCCGACGGCUUCAACACAAAUUGGAAAUCUUGCGACUGCUGUAAAAUCUCUUCAAAAACCUGACAGUAGCAGAACAAGUGCUCUGUUUGCGAUAUUGGCCAGAAAAUCAUCCAAAAAAGGAGCACCAAAAAGUAACCAAACAGUACAGAGCAAUACUAUAAUACCAUCGUCUGCAACAUCACUGGGCUGUGCAUCUGAAAAGAGCGUGAUGCUCGCUCGGUCUGUUUCAUCUGAAGUAAUUGCAUCUGAUAGUUCCUCAAUUAUAUUGUGCGAUAAUGAUAGCAGUAUCAUUAGUAAAAGUAGUACCAUCAGUUACCCUAGAUUGCCUGUUCACUUAGAACGAGCUAUCUAUCACCUGUCACACAUGAAAUUAUCGAAUCCUAGACGUCCCUUACGUGAUCAGGUGGUUAUAUCAAAUUUGAUGUUUUGGUAUCUUUCCAUAUUUACCCAGCCUCUACAGACACCGCAUUCUUCAGAGAUUACUGCAAUGACAGACUACGAUAUCGAUAUCACCCCUCCGCAAAACAAUAUUCCUAUUUUAAGUUUCAUGAAGAAAGCGUUUCCAAUCCCUUUAAUACCUACAACACAUGAUCAACAGAGUUGUUUAGUUCAACAACAAUUAAAGCAACAGCAGCGAGGUCCUUUGGAAUCAAAUGCAAUGGACCUAUUGAAUUUACAUCAUCACAAACAGGAAAUACUAUAUUCAGAAAAGAAGCGAAACGGUUGCAAAAAAAAAGGCAGCACCAAAGCUGCUAUUACAACUGCAACUAUCCCGCAAUAUAAUAAGAAGAGACUGUCUGCCAAAUAUUUGAAAACAACUGUCUGCUUUAGCUCAGAUGAUGAGGACGAUGAUGAUGAUGAUGAGGAAGAAGAAUAUGAUGACAAUGAUGAUGAAGGUAUUACGAGACGUUCUACAUUUAUUUCACUAGACGACCUAGAGGCAAAUAAUAUGCUUGCAGGAUACAAAAAGCAAAGCAAAUUCAACUUAAUGAAACACAGCUUUUACAAAUUGAAGUCGUCUACCAAGAAGCAACAUCUCAAGACCGAGAGAAGGAAAAGCACCCCUAUCACGGACAGAAAAAUGCCACCUCAGUUACAAACGACAGCAGGCAACAACACGGAGCAAUUACACCAAAAGAGAAUGAUCACAAUUAAAAAUGAUGAGGAUGAUAUACCACUAGCAAUGUAUAAAAAAGACAAUAAACCAUUCUGA